ACUUCAUUGACGAGGACCAGUAAUUGAAAGCAGCAAAUUGGUAUUGUUUUACAAUUGCGUUGGGGCUACUAGGUUUAGUCAUUGAUCAAUGAGUCAUUUGACAUUUCAUAACAGACAUCCUGACGUAUUGCUAUGACUAAUAUGGAAUACGAAGGAAAACUGUUCGAAGUAUCGGAGAAACUGUCAACCCAUGGCUCCAAAUACAAUUACAGUCCUGUUUCUAGUGAUUGUAUGGCAUGCGCCGUACGUGUGACAAGUCGAAGACAUAAAGAAUUAGAAGAACAGAGCGUUGUUGUUUGUGGACCUUUUCCAAGCAACGAAGAUGUAUGUCACUUGCCUGAGACUCUUGCCAAAGAAAAAUACCGAAGAGCUCAAUUGCAUGUAGUAACCACUAAUCAAAGGGUCAAGGUUUUCGGCAAGUGGACCGAGGAAAAAUUAUUGGCAGCAUUGACAGACCGAUUACUGCAAAGAGCUACCAGUCAACCCCCCAAACCUUAUGAGAAAAUUCCCCCACUAAAAAUUAAACAAUUUUCUGCUGGUAUACCUUACUGUCCGAUUGUUCAUAGGGGUAUAUACAGCAAGGAUAUUUUGGGACGAUUAUACGGCAGUGGUGUGUCAGAAUCGCUUGUUAUAAGAGCAAUGAAAUUUGGUUUAAAACAUCUUAAACCGGAGGAUCUGAAUUACUUUAUCCAGUUUGGAGUGUCCAUUCAAACUUUACGAUCGCAUAAACUCUGGAAUGAGUUGACAGACGAAUCUUUAGCUACGUCUCUGAGAACUAUGGGCUUUGAUGAUAAUGCUAGCAGGAAAAUAAUAUUGAACGGCAUGCUGGUACAAAGCGAAAUUUGUUUAAUGCAAUUAAUGCUCGCGGGCGUUGAUGUUCCUGGAAUUCUUAAUUGGCAAGGGGAGAAGAUCGAUGUAGGAGCUCGAAUGAUAAAAUUUUUAAGAAAUUUAGGAAUACCAGAGGAUGUACUGCAACUAAUUGUUCAGAAAGGUAUCGAUGAAGAGACUAUGGAGAUGCUCAAGGAUUUGGGGUACACGGAAACAGAAGAAGAAGAACACGUGGGAAUGCAUGAGGUACUCAUUUGCGAAUGCGAUUUGACUGUCCUUGAGUCAGAAAUUUGUUCAGUAAAUUCGCCACCCUCUAAUACUAACAGCUUGAAGAGUUUAAUUCCAAAGCCUGAUAAUAGCGAAACGGAUUUUGAAGCCGAAGAUACUCGCGUAUGUUUUUCUGAUAUAAGUAGUUCGACUGUGUCAAAUUCAACGUCGAGUCAACAAACUCUAGUAGAUUGCAAAAAUGUGCACGUAAAACCAAAAGCGCUAACAAGCUCAGAACUUCUCACUGAACGAAAUGAGUACUUAAGGCGAACAGUAAUGGCACCAUUAGCUUGGGCCAUGAGCAGAGCGUUACAGUACAGACCAUCUGAUCCAAAUCAUUACAUAGCAUGUCAACUGCUGCGUUGGAGAUAUGGGAACGUUUCCAAACUGGAAAUGAAGGCUGUACAGGACUUUGUAAUUGCUAGAACAAUCGAAAUGGACAAAAAAUUAAUGGAACAAAAACGGAAAGAAGAAGAAGAGUUGAUGGCCAAACAUAAUUUUGAAGCUUUACAAAAUAUUCCUUGCCAUCCGUGCUGGCAAAAUCAACAAAUUUAUCGUGUUAAAGAGCGGUGUUGGAAAUGUAUUAAAAAAUGGGUACCUAACUACGAGCGAUGCGAGUUGCCUGAGAUUUGUAGUUCGUGUGAGAUCGACUUAUCUGAGAUUUUGAACUCUGACACGGCAACAAGUAGUACUGGAGAUAAUUCAGAAACAGAAAGUGCUGUACAGACUCAGAAAGUAGCCAUUCUAGAUAAUAGAAAUAUCUCAUCAGACGGUCAGUACCGUUAUACGGAAAACUUGGACUUGUCAAGUUAUAACAGAGUUGACGAAUUGUACGGAGAAUAUUUCAAAUCGGAUUCUUACGAGGAAAAUAUGCAUAUAAUUUCGACCAAGUCUGAAGCAUAGAUGUUAAUACAGCAUGAGAACUCUACUUUAAAAUAUACUACUACUACGAUCAGAUAUAUGAAGGUAAAUUUGUGCAAAAUAAUUUUUUUCUUGUUUCUAUGAAAGAAUGGUACUACUAAUACAUGAUAUACGUAUUGAUCGCAUGAAUAUUUUUUGAUUUUGUUGACUAUUCAACUUGUGAUGAUAAUCUGAUUAAUAGAAAAAUAAUAUUUGUGAAAGCGACGACUUCUGUCGGCGCUCAUGUUUAUGAAAGGGACGCACUUGGGACGAGCGUCUCUGGUUUUGGUAACUUCGCGCCAGCAGGCCGGACUGUUUAUGCAAGGCGAUAAGUACCUAGGACAAGUAGGCCCCACGGUUUGCGAAGCAACGUUUCGACCGGCGAGGCGACGAUCACUUCUCGAUAGAGUUCCAAGCAAGCAACGUCGUCCUUUGAGUUACUUAAGAUUAUACGCGACGCUGUACGUUUGUGCAAUUAUAUAAAUAUAGACUCAUUCCGCUAUUCGUUAUUCGGCAUUUCUUACAUUUGGAAAAUAUUAUAACCGAAUUAGAUUAGAAAUAUAUUGAAUUGAUGAGAAAAUUCAAUUGUGGACAGAGCAAUCAUAGAAAAUUCGUUUAUUUGGUAAUCAGAAUCGUACAAUUGUUAUACAACACUUGAUCAUAAUAUUUGAGUACUAAGAUUCCAUCACACAUACAAAAUCAGAGAUGAAAAAAUUUAAAACAUUGCGAAUAGAAAAAUAUAAUAACACACUGGCGGUGUUUGAAUUGUACAAUGAUAACUUUUCUAUGAUAAUAUGUAGAAAUAUAAUAAAUUUCGGUUAAUAAACAAAUACGGGUAAGUAAUCUUCAAACUAUUGGAUGAAGUUAAAAGUAAAGUACUGGUGUAUUUAUGAAUAAACCAAAUGCAGUACUUCCGUAUAAAAUUCGAGGUUUUAUUGAAAAUGUAGAAUAAUAAAUACUGUACGUAUCGGUUGGGUAUAAUAGUAUAAUAAUGUAAUAGGCAACAAUAUGCAUCGUUCGCUAAAACUUUUUUUUUUUGGACGCACUGAUAACUUUUAGUUAAUCAUAGAUUGUGCUUUAAUUAACAGGAAGAACACAACGACCCGCGUACGAAAAUAGGAAAUUCACAAGUUGUCAUGACAGACUUGACGUAAGAAUGCAGGGGAGCUAUCUCUUUAGUGAAUCAUGGUAUUCCAUCACUACCUAUUUUAGAUUAUUCCCGGGGUUCACAAUGAGUACGUUUUUUCGGUUUACAUUGAAAGUCUUGGUACAAGUUAGAGCGAACGUCAAUAAAAUAG